AUGAUCAGGGAACGAGACUUUUAUGUUCCCGAGGUAGAGGAGCACGGAGGUGGACCCGAGGUGGAGGAGCACGGAGGUGGACCCGAGGUGGAGGAGCACGGAGGUGGACCCGAGGUGGAGGAGCACGGAGGUGGACCCGAGGUAGAGGAGCACGGAGGUGGACCCGAGGUGGAGGAGCACGGAGGUGGACCCGAGGUGGAGGAGCACGGAGGUGGACCCGAGGUGGAGGAGCACGGAGGUGGACCCGAGGUGGAGGAGCACGGAGGUGGACCCGAGGUAGAGGAGCACGGAGGUGGACCCGAGGUGGAGGAGCACGGAGGUGGACCCGAGGUGGAGGAGCACGGAGGUGGACCCGAGGUGGAGGAGCACGGAGGUGGACCCGAGGUGGAGGAGCACGGAGGGGGACCCGAGGUGGAGGAGCACGGAGGGGGACCCGAGGUGGAGGAGCACGGAGGGGGACCCGAGGUGGAGGAGCACGGAGGUGGACCCGAGGUGGAGGUGCACGGAGGGGGACCCGAGGUGGAGGAGCACGGAGGUGGACCCGAGGUAGAGGAGCACGGAGGUGGACCCGAGGUAGAGGAGCACGGAGGUGGACCCGAGGUGGAGGAGCACGGAGGUGGACCCGAGGUGGAGGAGCACGGAGGUGGACCCGAGGUGGAGGAGCACGGAGGGGGACCCGAGGUGGAGGAGCACGGAGGUGGACCCGAGGUGGAGGAGCACGGAGGUGGACCCGAGGUGGAGGUGCACGGAGGGGGACCCGAGGUGGAGGAGCACGGAGGUGGACCCGAGGUGGAGGAGCACGGAGGUGGACCCGAGGUAGAGGAGCACGGAGGUGGACCCGAGGUAGAGGAGCACGGAGGUGGACCCGAGGUGGAGGAGCACGGAGGUGGACCCGAGGUGGAGGAGCUGGGCGAGGAAUAA